AAGGCUGCUCCGACGGGCUGCGAGCCGGAACGUCCCCUUGGGCGCUCCGCGGAGCCCUGGCCGGCCGGGACACGCCAUGCUCUGGGCCCGGCGUCUGCUCGGCGCGCUGCGCCUCUGCUCCACCGUUUCCUGCCCCAGGCCCCGCACGUCUGCCAGACUGCGUGUGCGGGACGCCCUCGGGGUCCAGGACGCGAGUGGGGAGCGCGUAACGGUGCAGGGAUGGGUCCGUUCAGUCAGAUCCCAGAAGGAUAUUUUGUUCCUGCACGUGAAUGACGGGUCCUCUCUGGAAAGCCUUCAGGUUGUUGCUGACUCCAGCUUUGACAGUCGAGAAUUGGCUUUUGGAAGUUCUGUGCAAGUCCAAGGACAGCUGGUCAAAAGUCAAGCCAAAAGACAAAACGUGGAACUGAAGGCAGAAAAAAUUGAGGUUAUUGGAAAAUGUGAAACCAAGGAGUUCCCUCUAAAAUAUAAGGAGAGGCAUCCUCUGGAGUACCUGAGGCAGUACCCUCACCUGAGGUGUAGGACUAACGCUCUGGGUUGUAUCCUGAGGGUUCGCAGUGAAGCCACAGCUGCUAUCCAUUCCUACUUUAAGGACAAUGGCUUUGUGCACGUUCAUACCCCAGCAAUCACAUCCAAUGACUGUGAGGGGGCUGGGGAGCUGUUCCAGGUGCAGCCUUCAAGCAAGAUGAAGUCACCCCAGGAGAAUUUCUUUGAUGUUCCCGCUUUUUUAACCGUCUCAGGACAACUUCACCUAGAAGUGAUGUCAGGAGCUUUUACCCAAGUAUUUACCUUUGGGCCAACAUUCCGAGCUGAGAAUUCUCAGAGCCGGAGACACCUGGCUGAAUUUUACAUGGUUGAAGCAGAAAUUUCUUUUGUUGAAAGCCUGCACGAUCUUAUGCAGGUUAUGGAGGAGCUCUUCAAGGCUACCACCAAGAUGGUUCUCGCCAACUGUCCUGAAGAUGUUGAACUGUGUCACAAAUUCAUAGCUCCUGGCCAGAAGGACAGACUAGAACAUAUGCUAAAAAACAACUUCCUAAUCAUCUCUUAUACGGAAGCAAUUGAGAUCUUAAAGCAAGCAUCGCAGAACUUCACCUUUACACCCAAGUGGGGUGUUGACUUACAAACUGAGCAUGAGAAGUACCUGGUGAAACACUGUGGCAACACACCAGUCUUUGUCGUUAACUAUCCGUCAGCACUCAAGCCCUUCUACAUGCGGGAUAAUGAAGACGGUCCUCAGCACACAGUUGCUGCCGUUGAUCUUCUGGUCCCUGGAGUUGGGGAGCUGUUUGGAGGUAGCCUCAGGGAGGAACGGUACCACGUCCUAGAGCAGCGACUAGCAAGAUUGGGACUAACGAACGCCUACCAGUGGUACCUGGACCUUCGCAAGUUUGGAUCUGUACCACAUGGAGGCUUCGGGAUGGGAUUUGAACGCUACCUCCAAUGCAUCCUAGGAGUGGACAAUAUCAAGGAUGUCAUCCCUUUUCCAAGAUUUACUCAUUCAUGUCUUUUGUAGCUGAAAGAUUGUUUAAU